CCAAGAGGUCGCUUUAAUCUGUAUUUCCAAUUCAGGCCACCUAACUGGCACAAGCAUUAAUUAACUGUAAAACUCAAGGCUCUAUAUGCCGAUUUGCCCGUAGCGCUGUCCGUUCUUGUUCUCAUCUCCCAUUUUUUGUUGGCAGCCACUACGUGCUGAGCUUGAUCUUGAUCGCGCACCUGUUGACGUAGAAAAAGAGGUGGUGGUGGCCAAAAUAGAGACAAAAGACAAAUCGGACUCCCCUCCCCGCAAUGUGAUCUACAAAAACCAAAAGUACGGGCUGGGUCACCCUCCAAAUCCUACCUUCUCCAUCCGCCAUUAGAGAGAGGAUAGAGAAUGCCGAGAAUGAGAGAGACAAGGUAGCGGCAGCGGUUGGCGCGCGCGGCCACAGUGGCAAAGCCUCCGUCGUCGGCGAGGACCGCUGCAUGCGCUGUUGCCGGGUUGGCAUGCUUCUGCUUCCGCGUCUUGAAGGAUUUCAAGGAAGGGAGGAUCGGAAAAGACAACUGCGAUUCGGUUGCAUUCAUACGGUUCUGUAAAAAAGGCAGUUUUUUUUUGGCUGUGACCUGUGAGUAUCCGCCGGUUUGCUGUUUAUUUAUUCAUUCUCAGUUUUGGAGGCCGAAAAUUCGAUCUUGGCGCUGGUCUCAGUGUUUCGAGGCCUCGAGGGGUUGCUGUGAAGAACCAGAGGAAGAUAAAAAGGUGGUUUUCUCGCCGGUUUUCCUUGGUUUUGGGGUACUGAAUUCUGAGAUUGUUCUGAGGCAGGGGUCUGUCUUGCUGGAGAAUGAAGAUGUGGAGGUUUGUGUGCUCUGCGCGUUUGUUUUGGUGAAGACAACUAGCUGGAGUAAAAGGAAGAAAAAAAAGUUCCGCUUCCUUUCUUUUGCGUGUUCUGAUCCUUCUGAGAUAUCCCUUCCUGCCGCUUCAGAGUUUCAUUUGUUUCCGACUCGGCAUCGGCAUCUCGUAUAAACCGAGGAGACACGGCAAUUUCAAGGGCCUUCGUUUGGGACCAACAGAAUAACCUGUUCCUGCCUGCAAUUUUUUGGUUCUGAAGACUCAAAGAUUGGAUUGAGUGAUCUUUGAAACCAAAUCUUCCUUCGGUGUUUUUUGGCAUUUUGGGCACUAUCUGUGAAGUGUAGCAGGACCGCCUCUGCUUUUAUGCUCGGUAGACUUCUGUGAUCAAGUAUUCAAGUACUGGUAAAAGAUUAUAAGCUUGUCUAAAGCAAGCCCUUAGAAGGAAAGUUAUCUGACCAUGUUCUCAGCUAUCAUGGCAAAGAAGAAUUACAAACAGCAUUCCAAAUCUGAGAAAAUUCAGGGGGGUUGUAUGUCUGGGCUGAUUCGCAUGCUUGAUUUCCGUCGCAGUCCAAAACUUCUUUCAGACGGGAGAGUCAAAAGAGAUAAAAAAGGUCUUGACGAUAUCCAUGGAAACAUAUCUGCUAAUAAUGGAAAGGACCACAGGGUUGAAUUGAUUUAUGUUGGUAGGUCAAGUAUUAGAACUUUGAUGGAAGAAGAGAUGGCCAGCAGCACACAGCCCUUGAAGCAAGCACAAAGCAAUGUCGCUGGGAUAUGCUCUGAAGAUAUUGAUCUAAACUUGGCUGGAAGUCUCAUGGAAAUCUACAGAUCUCAUACUGAAGGCCAAGAAACCAGGAGGUCGAUUGAGUCAGGUCGCAGUUCCAUUUCGACUGACGAAGAGAAGAAUACUGACCCUCCUGCUCAUCACUAUCAGAUCCCAUCUAGUAUCCAGAGAGCUCUAGAAGAUGUUGCUGAAGCAGUUAUAAGACAUCAAUCUGCAAACAAAAAAUACAUAAACAGCGGUGAUGAAACUAGGUCCAGAGAAUUCGUUGAUGCCCUACAGCUACUGAGCUCAAACAAGGAAUUGUUUGUGAUGCUUAUGCAAGAUCCAAGCUCUAGGUUGUUAGAAUGUCUCCAAAACCUUUACAUGUCACUAGGAAGUACCAGGUUAGACUCUGAAGAAUAUGACGAAGGAACUGAGUUGCAAGGUACGACAGAUAGUCUAGAGCAGUCAGCGACUUCUCCAAGUAAGGUGAAAAGAAGGCAUAAUUCUUUCUUGAAGGAGGAUGGGUUGGUCACGAGGAAGCCACCAAAGUUAAAUGAUGGUUCUCGUGGCCUUAGCAGAAUAGUAAUCUUGAAGCCCAGUCCUGCAAGAGGUCAUAGCAGUCUUAUCUCAGGUAGCGCAACUUCAUCACCACUAUCAAAUCAUAUUGAUUGGCAAGUUCAGGAAGGCAGUGAUAAACAUGAUUGCCAUUUCUCGCUUAGAGAGCUUAAAAGGAGGCUAAGAAUUGCCAUUAGCAAUAAUCAGAAGGAUCACCAGUUAAACUCCACGAGUAGUGAUAUUCAUGAAGCUGAGGCUGAUUCUGGCAAACUGCUUCCAGUCACAAGUAUGUCGGAGACGGAGAGUCUGGCAAGUACAGAUUCUUCUGACAGGGCUAAGGAACCAUCUAUUGUUGACGAGAAAAUAGUCCCGGAAGAUAGUGAAAGUGGGAUGAGAAAUGAUGUUGCUCAUGGUGUCGGAGUCAGCUCUUUCUCAUAUGAAAAAGCUAAGAUGUAUAUAAUUGAGAGACUAAAUGAUCAAGGCGAAGAAAGUUGUCAAAUUGUACAGAAAUCUGAAUCUUUUGAGAGAUUGAUUUCACUGCCCGAGAAUGGUACAUUUUCUCCAAUUGAUUUCCCUCAAGAGGAGAAAAUUAGCAUAGCGCAUGAAGCUACAAAACCAUUGAACUUGCAUACUGUUGAGCAAGAGGAUGGUUCAGCAAGCCCUUACUCAACAAUGCAGUACGAGGAGACAGAAUCAGCCGACACUAGCAACUUAGGUACAGAAACGUUGAUUGAGCCCACGAUAGAUCAUGGUAGUUAUUCACAAAAUGAGGGCGCUAUCUCACAGGAGUUGGUCCGUGAAGGGGUUAAGAUCAUGCUAGAUAUAAUGGAGAACUCAUCGCUCUGUGCUGAGACUGGAACUUCGCAGGAAGGAGUGGGAGUGAAAAAUCCAGAUGAAUGUUCAUUGGAGGAACCACAAUCCAUGAAUUUGUUGCCAGAACCGGCACUGUAUUCUCCAGAUGACUUCGUUAAUGAACAAGAGAACCAUAGUCCGUCAGAAAUUGUUGAAUUAGUCAAACCAUCUGUAUUGACAUUUCCUUACUCGCCGGAAAAUACUAAUGACAAAGAGGAGAAAUUGAGUCCACAAUCCGUUCUUGAUCCCAUUGCAGAAGUUACCAGUCCUAGACACAAAACUCCAAAGCAAGAUGAAUUCUCCAUGCCUACUUCCAGAGUGCUAUUCAAAGAGGUUGACGCCCCUUCAGCAUCCCCAACUUUGUGGAAUGGGCCACAGGUAGCCAUUUUGGAUGACAGAGCCACAAGGGUGUCCUUCAUCAAGGCCGUGCUAGAAGCUUCAGGAUUGCUGUCUGAGGAAAAUUCGCAAAUUUGGUACACAGAAGAGCCACUGCUUGAUGUAUCUGUAUUGGCUGAAGUAGGAAACUCGUACUGCCUGACAGACGAUGCAGUGCUCUUGUUUGACUACGUGGAAGAGGUUCUUCUCGAGAUAAGGGACAAGUUCUUUGGUAGCGACCCUUGGGUUAAUUCUCUGAAACACAAUGUACGGCCAGCUCCAGUAGGAAGACGGCUGGUUCGAGAGGUGGCUAAGGGAAUCGAUUCUCUUGUAGGUAAAGAAUUUCCACACACUUUAGAACAGGUAAUGAUGAAAGACUUGGACAGUGGGUCGUGGCUGGAUCUUGGAGGCGAUACUGGAAGUGUUGUAGUUGAGUUGUGGGAUGGUUUACUUGAUGACUUGCUGGAGGAACUGGUUUUUGAUUUGUGGCUUUGAUACUGUAGUGCUUUGUAGUAAUACAUGCAGAGGCAUAUUCGACUAGUACUGACAUGGGGUUAAUAGAUACAGAAACCUUUUGCGAAAGGAUAGGGAAAAGUGAGUUCGGCAGACUGCCAGAUGUUGUAGAGCUAGGCAUUUCAUCAAUAUAGUUGAUUUCCAUUUUCUUUUGAAUUUGAUUUCUUUAAGCUCCCUUUGUUCUCUGUAGAGGCAUGGAAACAUAAAAAAUAAGUGCUCCUGUAUAUAAAGUACCCCAGUAUUUAUGGUAAAUUUUCAUUGUGAACAUAA